AUGGCUAGAACGAAGAACAUUUCCUUGAUAAUCUUUGCCAGUGUACUCUUCAGCUAUGUGACAUGUUCUCACAUUGACACAGAAGAUUUAUCCCUUUCAGAUCCACAUCAGUCGUUAUCAGCCGGUGUAGGACAUCAUCAUCAACAUUAUCAACCUGCGGAAUCAUAUUCUGAAGUAAAUAAACCCGUUCCGGUACAAGUUAUUGAAAAGAUUCCUCUGAAUAUUCCCCACCCGGUACCGGUGAAAGUGCCCAAUGUUAUUCGAAUACAAAUACCCGAACCAUAUGCUGUUCACGUACCCGUGCAGCAGGAAAUUCAAGUACCAACAUAUCGUAUUGUACCAGAGAUUACAGAAAAACGUAUUCCCUAUACAGUGGAGAAACCCUACCCUGUUGAAGUUGAAAAACCUUAUCCAGUGGAAGUUAUUAAACAGAUAAAAAUUGCAGUACCCAAACCAUAUCCUGUCCCCUAUACAAUUUAUAAACAUAUUGUCCAAAAGGAACAUGGUUGGUAA